AAAUGGGUUUCGGGGCGAGCGUUGGGCUCCGCCGCGCCGCGCUGGGCGCUCGGUCUGUCUCAGCGGUGCGGAGCGAGCCAGGCCUCCCGCCGCCGCGGCUGUAUAGGGGUGUGCAGCCCCGGGCCAGGCCCCGGCCGGGGCAGAAGCGCAGACUAAUCGCUGGGCAAAAAGAGACGUCUCUUCUAAUCACUGCCUGGAAGUGAAGGCCUGGCUGUCAGUCUUUUGAGAAAGAACCUCUGUUAUGCACCUUAAGCCAUACUGGAAAUUCCAGAAGAAAGGGCAACCUCUGGAAAUCGGCACAGAAACUCUGAGAACUCCUAUGAGCCACCAACAGGCCAUCAGCGAUGAAGAAUGCAAAGCUAGCUGUAUGAAACCAAGUGUCUUUCCUUCAGCCUCUCUUGGUAAAGCAUCAUCUCGAAAGCCUUUUGGAAUCCUUUCUCCAAAUGUUCUGUGCAGUAUGAGUGGGAAGAGUCCUGAAGAGAGCAGCUUGAAUGUUAAAACCAAGAAGAAUGCACCAUCUGCAACAAUCCACCAGGGUGAAGAAGGGGAAGGGCCACUCGAUAUCUGGGCUGUUGUGAAACCGGGGAAUACCAGGGAAAAGAUAGCAUUCUUUGCAGCCCACCAGUGCAGUAAUAGAAUAGGAUCUAUGAAAAUAAAAAGCUCCUGGGAUAUUGAUGGGAGAGCUACUAAAAGAAGGAAAAAAUCAGGGGAUCUUAAAAAAGCCAAGAUACAGUUAGAAAGGAUGAAGGAGGUCAACAGUAGAUGCUACCAGCCUGAGCCUUUUGCAUGUGGCAUCGAGCAUUGUUCUGUGCAUUACGUGAGUGACGGCGGGGACGGCACGUAUGCCGGGAGGCCUCUAUCGGUCAUACAGAUGGUCGCCUUCCUUGAGCAAAGAGCCAGCGCUCUGCUAGCCAGUUGUGCGAAAAACUGCACUAACUCACCUGCUGUGGUGCGGUUUUCCGGGCAAUCCAGAGGUGUACCUCCAGCCCCCGAGCCUUUGUCCGCCCCAGGAGCAUGUGAAGAACCUGCAGAAAGGAGAAAUCCUGAGGUUGGUGAACCACAGAGCGAGCCCGUCCGUGUCCUCGACAUGGUAGCCAGGCUGGAGUCCGAGUGCCUGAAGCGGCAGAGCCAGCGAGAGCCCGGGAGCCUCUCGAGGAAUAACAGCUUUCGCCGCAAUGUGGGCCGCGUGCUGCUUGUGAAUGGCACCCAGGCUGAGGAAAGCAAAGCAGAGAAAGGCGCCUUGGAGGUUCCUGACACUCAGGUGAAAACUGUGGGGUCUGUAUCUGGGGGCUGCAGCCCCUUAAGAGCUGACCGUUGUUCUCCUCAGGGGGACCAGGCCUGGGACAGUGCGCCUCGAGGUUGUCCCUCGUUGCCGGCAGGCAUGAGUUUGCACACGGACAGUGCAGAAUUAGAGCCAGAUCAGCAGACUGCCAUGAAAAGCAGCAACAGGCACGAUGUGGAAAUGACAGAGGAACUUGCUGGGCCACCCUUUCCUCCUCGCACCUGUCCCCAAGCCAUUGAAUUGCCCACAGAUGCUGUUGAUGGCAUUAGUGAAGAGCUUGUGCCACUUGCUAACCAAAAUCCUGAUCAGCGCAAAAAAGAAUCUUUGUGCAUUAGUAUCACUGUGUCCAAGGUGGAGAAAGACCAGCCUUCCAGUUUGGAGUCCUGUGAAGACCCACUUCCAGGGAUGUUGUUUUUUUUGCCAUCUGGUCAGCACCAGUCAGGCCAUUCCAAGUCAAAUGAAGCCACAACAGAAGAGUCUUCUGAGGCCAGUCAGCUUGAAGAGGUUGCUGAAGGUGACAGCGCAUCUGAGGAAAAAAGUGUCUCGGUUGAUUCAUUUGUCCCACUGGCCUCUCCUGUGGAAAGUACAUUAUCAAUGCUUGAGGCGUCCAGCUGGAAGAAGCAGGUGUCACAUGACUUUCUGGAGACCAGGUUUAAAAUCCAACAGCUUUUAGAGCCUCAGCAGUAUAUGGCUUUUCUGCCCCACCACAUCAUGGUGAAAAUCUUCAGGUUACUUCCUACUAAGAGUUUAGUGGCUCUUAAAUGUACCUGCUGCUAUUUCAAGUUUAUCAUUGAAUAUUACAAUAUCAGGCCGGCAGACUCUCGCUGGGUGCGGGAUCCACGCUACAGGGAGGACCCGUGCAAGCAGUGCAAGAAGAAGUACGUGAGAGGGGAUGUGUCUCUGUGCCGGUGGCACCCCAAGCCCUACUGCCAGGCGCUGCCCUACGGCCCGGGCUACUGGAUGUGCUGCCACCGGUCUCAGAAGGGCUUCCCUGGCUGUAAGCUGGGGCUCCAUGACAAUCACUGGGUCCCUGCCUGCCACAGCUUUAAUCGGGCAAUCCAUAAGAAAGCAAAAGGGACUGAAGCUGAGGAGGAGUACUAAAGUAUAUGUGCGAGGCAACAGACCAAUUUCAGAAACUGCAAACACCACCUAGAUACACCAUCUCAGUGAGUGUUGCCUCUCAGUCAUCACUCCAGGAGAAUCUCUGCUACUCCAUCAGGACCGCCAUUGCUCAGGCAUCUUAAAUCUCUGAAUUUAUGAUCUGUAUAAGAAAACUGGUCUCAUCAUUUUAUAGUGGUGCCUCACGUUUGAUUCAGGGUUGUAUCCCACGGUUUGAUUCACCUGGCUGUGAAUAACUGUGCCUGUUUUCCCAAGUCAAGUCCUUGAGGACGAAGACUGGCCACCAUCAAGUGCGUCACAGACUAUGCAGGCAGUCCCCGAAAAGGGGUUCCGGGAAUGUGUCGAGCACUGGCCCCGUAUUUGAAAUAAGUGAAUAGUGUCCUAUGAGAAGAAUAGCAGUACUCUUGGAUGAAAAGUAUGCUUACAAAGGACAAGUCAGGCACCUUACUUAGACCUUGUAUGCUUGAUCUGUGAGGUUGAUGUUUGUGAGUGGAGACAGAUUUCAUGGCCUGUGGUGUUUACAGUGUAUAUAAUGGUUGUGUUUUCCUAGGGCUAUGAAAGUGCACAUUCAAACCCGCGCGCCUUUGCUUUAGAUGAGUGCUUUGGCCCCUCUGUAAAUAACACCAUUAAAAUCCAGUUGUAAAUAGUGGACGCUGACUGAACAUAAUCACCACAAUGCAGCUAGGAUAGCGUUGCAGCUACAAUCGUGUGGGUUGUUUUGGUUUCUUUGGGGUUGGGGGGGGUCUCAUCUCAAAUUUGUACAUCCUGUAUAAAAUAUGAAUGUUUCCCAAAUAAACUAUGAAUGUUUUCUGUAUAAUAUAUGAAUGUUUCUGAGAAGAAACUCUAAAUAGUUAAGAGGUUAACCUGUUGAAAGGAUACCAAAUAAUGGUUUAACUGGACAACCUUAAAAACUAGCAUAGAGAACAAUCCUUUGUUAUAUUUUAGUGAUUCACCAAGAAUGAGAGAAUAUUAUAUAGUCAGAUUAUAACAUUUUUGUCUAUUUUAUUCUUUCUGUCUGGUUACAAAUUUUUUUUAACUUCAAUAAAAACAUGCAUCUUAAGUGGAA